AUGGAGGACGGGGACCUUCCGCUUUCUCCUGAGGAGGCAGAGGACUUCUGGGAUGCCAUAGAGGAAGUCCUUUGGAACGUUGUGUCCUUAAUAAUCGCCGUCACCUGCUGUAUGUCACUGGUCGCAACCAUCGUGUACGCUACACCCCCUGUCGAAGUCAAUGAAGCCGAGCCACCACCUCAACUACAAUACACGCCCUUCCCAGAGUCUAACGUCACCCAGAGCCAACGUACUAUCAAUUCUUUCAGCAAUGCUUUCCUCUUCAUCGGCGUAGUCGCAAUGAUGACCUGCAUUAUGGUGGCCCUCUUCUACUACCAGUGCUACGCUAUUAUGUGCAUUUGGGUUAUGCUCGGGUCCUGCUUCAUCCUGCUAAUGUCUUCAAUAAUUUUUAUUUGGUCAGUCUUCAAGUACUUCAACGUGCCCAUUGACAUCAUCACAACUGCUUUUGUUAUCUGGAACUUUGUGGCUACAGGGCUAAUCGUUAUCCAUCGCAAGGGCCCGCUCGUGCUCCAGCAGGCGUAUUUGAUAGUUGAGUCAGCAUUUAUGGCUAUCCUACUCUUAUCAGCAGUACCACCUGCAACGCUGUGGAUCAUUCUCGCCAUUAUUCCUAUCUGGGACAUGGUUGCCGUGCUCUGUGCUGCUGGGCCGCUGAAGAUCCUGGUUGAGACAGCGAAGGAAAGGAAGGAAGGUCUGCAACCUGGUCUAGUCUUCGCUACGCUCGUCAUGACUGUUAUCACGAGCGUGAGGAGAGUCCCCGGAGGUAGCAGAAGGACAUCUCUACCAGCGUCAUCAAAGCAACCACCGCCAUCAAGGCAACCACCGCUUCCUCCUAUGUAUUACCCUGAAGUGCAUGCUAUGCAACAGCCAAUGCAAUUGGUUCAGCCACAAUGGGAGCUGGGUUCACCGCGGAGGGAGGAGAAGCCACAACGCUUGCCAGUUCCAACUGCUAAGCAUCGGGAAGUUGUAGAUGAGGACGACGAUGAGGAAGAGUCUGAGAGCGAGGGAGAAAGUGAGGGAAUCAAAAUGGGGUUGGGGGACUUCGUCUUUUACAGCGUGCUUGUAGGCAAGGUUGCUCUCGGUGGUGACCUGGUUAUAAUAGCUACUUGCAUGGUUGCCGUAAUUAUGGGCAUGUGCUUAACACUCAUGAUGCUGGUUGUAGUUCAGAAAGCUCUUCCAGCGCUGCCUUUCUCUUUAGGUUUAGGUCUUAUCUUCGCCAGUUUUUCCGACGCGAUAUAUAAUUUUAACGUAGAUCUUGUGGAAUGGCAAGUUCACGUUUGA